UCCAGUCACAUGAGCCUUCAAGGUCCAUCUUCCAAAGCUCAAGGCCAGGUUCAAUUAGUAAUUUGUUGCAAACUCAUAUAGAUCCAGCCAGAAAGUGAAAUUAGGGCUCCUUCUACAUUGCCAGAUAAUCCAGGUUAUCCAAACAAAAAAAUCCACAUUAUUUGAUUUGAACUGGAUUAUCUUAGUCUACACUGCCAUAUAAUCCAAUUCAAAGCAGAUAGUGUGAGGCUUAGGAUUUGGAACUAUGGGUUCCAACGACAUUAGGAAACAUUUGGAAAAACUUAGAACAUUAGGAAAAACUUCCUGGGCAUAAGAAGAGCUGUUCAGCAGUGGAACUCUCUGUCUUAGAGUCCGGUGGAAGCCCCUUUCUUGGAAGAUUUUAAACAGGCUGGAGCCACAGCGGUGCAAUGGAUUAAACCCUUGUGCCUGAAGGUUUGGUUGCUGACCUGAAGGUUGCCGGUUCGAAUCUGCGAGAUGGGCUGAGCACCCGUUAGUCAGCUCUAGCUUGGACAUGAGAGAAGCCUCCCAGCAGGAUGGGAACACAUCCAGGUGUCCCCUGGGCAACGUCUCUGUAGACGGCCAAUUCUCUCCAGCGGAAAGGUAAGGGUGCUCCAUGCAGUCGUGCCAAUGGCCACAUGACCUUGGAGAUGUCUAAGGACAACGCCGGCUCUUUGGCUUAGAAAUGGAGAUGAGCACCAACCCCCAGAGUCAGGCACAACUAGACUUAACGUCAGGGGAAAACCUUUACCUAUAUCCAGUCUAUGAUUCUAUAAUUUUUAUUGUAAUUUUUUAAUCUUGGAAGACUUUUAAUCUGAUGUAAACUGUGUUUUUGAUGUAUAUUGUAAGCUGCCCUGAGUCCUCUGAUGAGUGAGAAGGGUGGGGUAGAAAUGAUGUAAUAAAUAAUAAAUAAAUAAAUAGGAGCUGUUCCAUAACAUCGAGGGCCCACUCACACAGCCAUAUGACUCAGAAUAUCAAGGUAGAAAAUCGCCAGGGCAGCAGAAGACAAGCUUGCUCCCUCCUCCCUAUAACUUCCCUUCACGUAUUUGUACAUGGCUAUCAUGUCUCCUCUUAGCCUUCUCUUCUGCAGGCUAAACAUGCCCAGUUCUUUAAGCCGCUCCUCAUAGGGCUUGUUCUCCAGACCGUUGAUCAUUUUAGUUGCCGCCCUCUUUGCCUCUGCUGUUUCUCUUUCAUUCAAAAGCGGUUUGUUGCCAGAGAAAUGUUCAAUAUAUCAAAUGUUUUAACCCCAACUUUUCUCAGGAGCCAUUUGGGCCUGACGUUCUCCUCUCUGACACACAAGAAGUCAUCUGCUGAAGGACAGCUGGUGCCAGGCUAUAUUUGUUCUUCUUGCUCAUAGCCUGCAUGCCGCGCUUAGGGUAAGCAGCAGUCUAGAGUUACAAGAGUGAGGCUUCGGUUUCAGAAGUCGAAAGCUGGCAGGGAAUGGCUGCCGUAUGAAAAAUCAAGGUUUGUGAGGAAAAAUAGGUUUCGUUAUUGUUGGGAUUAAAGAAGAAUUAUGAAUCAUUGAUACUUACGCUAUGCAGUUCUUCCUUGACUUGUCCUGAAGAUCUUGUAUCAUAUGGUGUCUCUCCUGCUUUUCAUCCAAGAAGCUUUUCAGCUUGCUAGAUCGGCUGUUAGUACUCCAGUUACCCCAAUGGAUUCCGAGUCCAAAGACAAGGAUCCGGAAAGCCCCAGAUAUUAUCAUCUGGAACUUUAUGACUCAACUGAAGACUUAGAGAUGUUUUCAGAACCCUUUCGAAGACGAGAUCUCGCUGUGCAGGAAGACAGGAAGACUCAAAGCACAGAGAAGCCAACAAUCUCAAGCGGGGAUUUUGGGGAUCAACACUCGGACAGUGAGCCAGCAAGCAAUAAAGAUGGCUGUGAUGCCCUUAAAAAUAUGGCUGGAUAUGAUACGGAAAAGAAGCCACCCUUCAAAGACAUGGACACAUACUGUAUUACUUGCUGUGUUCCUGUUAGAGCCCUUGACAAACAGUGUAGUGAACAUGAAGAGCAUGAAGUCAUUCCUCUCGACAGUGUGGUUCAAAUAGCAAAGGAUGAACUUCAGAAAAACAUAUGCAGACUGGAAAAGCAGAUUAUUCAUUUGGAGGGUUUUUCAAGCCAUUUGGAAGAAAUCUUCAUCACGGUAGAGGAGAAAUUUGCCAGAGAGGAGCAUAACUUUGAGAGACGCUAUGAUGAAGUGAUGCAGACCCUCGAGCAAAGAUAUGAAGAAACGAUGCAGGCAUUAGGGGAAGAAAAGAAGGAGAAGUUGGAGACAUUAUAUGAGCAGUUGGUUAGCUGCGGAGAAAACCUGGACACUUGCAAAGAGCUGAUGGAAACAAUAGAAGGCCUGGGCCAGGGUGCCAAUAAAGUGGAUACCAUGAAGACCGCUGUAACUACAAUGGACAGAUUGGAGGAAUUCUUGAAAAAAGAUGUGGAUGUAGACCUCUCCACACCAAUAGAAUAUGAAGCCAGAGUCAUAGAGUUCUCUGAUGUUCAACAACUAAUGGAUUCUGUUGAUUCUCUCCCAGCCACUUUUCCUCCUUGUGCGCCAGUCAUGAACCCUCAGGAUCCCAACUCAGCCACAGGGACUUCUGUGCGAGUCUGCUGGAGCUUCUUUUCGGAAGAUCUGGUUGAAAGGUACCAGCUGUACUACAAGAGAGUAAGCAAUGAUACGUCCAAAGAAGAGCAAGCUGAGUUUGUGCUAAAUGUGAAAGAGACAUACCGCACAGUUACCAACGUGACACCGAAUACACAGUAUGAAUUUUGGGUCAAAGCACUCAACAGAGCUGGGAUCAGUCCAGCAAGCGAAAGAGCUGUUUACAUGACAGCUCCUCUGCCACCUGUUAUCAACAGUAAGGAGAUUCAGAGCUGUGAACAUGCAGCGCUCAUACGCUGGGAAUGUGGCAACACAAAUCCCGUGGACUCCUACACAGUUGAAUUGUCCAGGCUGACAGAUGGAGAAGACGAGGACAUUAUUACAGAGUCUAUUGUUGGGAUUCCAAACUGUGAAACUUUGAUUCAGCUGGAGCCACAGCAGAAUUACCUCCUCUCUGUGAAAGCCCUCAAUCCGGGUGGCUCUAGUGACAAGAGCGAUUCCAUCUCCAUCCUGAGCACAGGCACCUCCUUUACUCUGAACGAGGAGACCGCACAUCCUUUACUGUCUAUCCUAGAAGAUGGGCUGACCAUUUUGUGCAACGAGGCUGAAAGUCAACGAAGAGAUUUGUCUUUUGGUGAAAACAGUUUCACAAGAUCCAUCGCAAUAUUGGGAAACCCAAUACCAUUCCACGGAAAACACUACUGGGAGGUCUAUGUUGAUGAAAAAAUUGAAUACCGUGUUGGCGUGGCUUUUGGAAAUGCAUCAAGGGACAGCUAUUUGGGCAUGACCCAUUCCUCCUGGUGCAUGAGGCACACGGUCACUGCUUCCAGACAUACCUAUGAAUUUCUCAACAAUGGGAUGACCCCAGAUAUCAGGCUGACUAUCCCGCCUCGGAGAAUUGGCCUUCUGCUGGAUUACGACAAAGGGAGCCUAUCCUUUUUCAACACAGACAUCAUGCAGCACUUGUACACUUUCCAUAGCCGCUUCCAAGAUUUUGUGUGCCCAUGUUUUGCGGUGGAAGAACCUGGUGUGCUCAAGAUUCAAAAUGGCAUUGCAGUGCCCCCAUACACACUUUCAUGAAAGGAGUUACCAUCCAGUAUCUGCUGUCCUGAAAGUAAGACACAUUGAGCUCUAUGGAAUUUGUUUCUGGGCAAACAUGGCUUGCAUUGGGUUGCAUGACUAUGUUCCAGAAGCAUUUUCUCCUGACGUUUCGCCAGCGUCUAUGGCAGGCAUCCUCAGAGGUGUGAGGUCAACAGAGAGAAUGCUUAUGGAACAUAAUAAUAAUAAUAAUAAUAAUAAUAAUAAAACUUUAUUUAUACCCCCGCCACCAUCUCCCCGUGGGGACUUGGGGCGGCUCACAACGUUACAAAAGUAACAGCGCAAAUACAUUAAACAAUAUUCACAGUUUAAAACACAAGAAGAUGAUAAAACAGAAGUUAAAACAAAGGUUUAAAACAAAUGGCCAUGUAGCCCAGAAAACUCACAGCAACCCAGUGAUUCUGGCCAUGAAAGCUUUUGACAACAAAUGGCUUGCAUUGUCCAACUCUAGUAAACUUCCAGCUCACGAUGACAACCAUACUCUCUUUGGAUUUUGUUGAGAUUGUGUUCUGUUUAUGUUUAUGACAAUACAGUAGAGUCUCACUUAUCCAACAUAAACGGGCCGGCAGAAUGUUGGAUAAGCGAAUAUGUUGGAUAAUAAGGAGGCAUUAAGGAAAAGCCUAUUAAACAUCAAAUUAGGUUAUGAUUUUACAAAUGAAGCACCAAAACAUCAUGUUAGGCAACAAAUUUGCUAGAAAAAGUACAGUAGAGUCUCACUUAUCCAACACUCGCUUAUCCAACGUUCUGGAUUAUCCAACACAUUUUUGUAGUCAAUGUUUUCAAUACAUCAUGAUAUUUUGGUGAUAAAUUCGUAAUUACUACGUGGCAUUAAUGCAUAUUGAACUACGUUUUCUGUCAAAUUUGUUGUAUGACAUGUUUUGGUGCUUAAUUUGUAAAAUCAUAACCUAAUUUGAUGUUUAAUAGGCUUUUUCUUAAUCUCUCCUUAUUAUGCAACAUAUUCGCUUAUCCAACGUUCUGCCGGCCCGUUUACGUUGGAUAAGCGAGACUCUACUGUAGUUCAAUACGCAGUAAUGCUAUGUAGUAAUUACUGUAUUUACGAAUUUAGCACCAAAAUAUCACGAUAUAUUGAAAACAUUGACUACAAAAAUGCGUUAGAUAAUCCAGAAUGUUGGAUAAGUGAGACUCUACUGUAAUUCACAAUGAAAUAAGGAACAAGAAACCAUGCAGGUAAGUUUGUAAACAAAGGCUAACAGAAACGAUAGCCCUAUGUAGUCGUUUUGUUUUGUUUUAUAAUCUGUUUUGUUUUGCUUUAUAAUCAUGGCCCUAUUGCCGCAUUUGCAAAUGACAUUGCCCGACCUACACAAACAAUCAUCAGCCACAAGGUUCCAACAUUUUGCAGGAUUUUGUGACUCCAGAUGCUGAAGUUUGUAUUCAAUGGAAAUGUUGAGGAUUUAGGGACCAUCACCACGAGGGGGCAAUAGUGGGAGCUGAAGGCAAAAGAUGGCAUUUUGUCGCAAUAGGAGGACUCCCAUAGUCAUAUAGCUGCUAAACUGUGAAACAGGCUCCGAUGUGGAAUACUUUACUCCCUAAAGCACUUUCCAAAAAUUUUGGACUUGGAAACGAAGCUUGAGCCAAGAAUGAAUGGCAGGAUAGGGGAAUGGUAUAGAUCAGGGGUCCCCAAAUUAAGGCCCGGGGGCCGGAUGCGGCCCUCCAAGCUCAUUUACCUGGCCCCUGCCCUCAGUUUUAUAAUAUAAUAUUUUUAUAUCAGCUUUAAUAAUAUAAUAUUGUAUAUACAUAUAAUAUUGAUAGAAAUAUUAUAAUGUUAUACAAUGUAAUACUAAUAAUAAUACCAUAUAAUAAUAUUAAUUAUAUAUUAUAUAUUACACUAGCUGUGCCUGGCCACGCGUUGCUGUGGCGUUGUUUGGUGGCGUUGGUGAGAAAUUGUCGAGGUAGUGGUGGUAUUGAAUGUCUGUUGUAUGGUUGUCUUUAUGUUUAGUAUGCACACUGAAGUGGAUUAUAUGGCAGUGUGGAGUCAAGAUAAUCCAGUUCAAAGCAGAUAAUAUAAGAUUCUAAAUGGGUUAUAUAGCUGUUUGGAAGGGCCUUGAGUCUACACUGCCAUAUAAUCCAGUUAAAAUCUGAUAAUCUGUGGAAGAGGCCUAAGUGAGGCCUAACUGUGCCUGUCCCCUGGGCUGAGUAGGUUGCUAGGAGACCAAGUGAGCGGAGCUUAGCCUUCAAACUGGCAGCAAUUUGAUAAAAACAAUUAUUCCUCUCCCUGUAAUUAGGACUUUAUUUUUCUCUUCUUUUUGUUGUAUCAACCUAGAGCCGUGAAUGAUGGGUUGUGUUGUUAAAUUUCGAGGUUGGGGGGCCUGUAGUUUCGUCGUUUUGUCCGCUGCCCUGAUGCCAUCACUCUUUUAUAUAUAUAGAUGUAAUAUUACUAAUAAUAUUACAAUAUAGUGGUAUAAUUCAAUAUAGUAAUAUAUAAUGCUUAUAUUGUUCUAUGUUAAUAAUAUAAUAUAUUGUAUUUAGAUAUUAAUUGUAAGCCGCUCUGAGUCCCCUUCGGGGUGAAAAGGACAGGAUAUAAAUGUAGUAAAUAAAUAAAUAAAUAAAUGUUUGACUUAGGCUCGCCCAAAAUCUGAAAUGACUUGAAGGCACACAACAACAAUAAUGCUAAUUAACUUGACUAUCUUGUUGGCCAGAAGCAGGUCCACACUUCCCAUUGAAAUCCUGAUCGGUUUGAGUUGGUUAAAAUUGUUUUUAUUUUAAAAUAUUGUAUUUUUCUUUCAUUGUUGUUGUUGUUGUUUUUGCACUACAAAUAAGACAUAUGCAGUGUGCAUAGGAAUUUGUUCAUUUUUUUUUUCUUCAAAUGAUCAUUCAGCCCCUCAACAGUCUAAAGGAUUGUGGACCGGCCCUCUGCUUUAAAAGUUUGAGGACCCCUGGUAUAGAUUAUUUUCCUGUCUGCUCAUCCAAGGAUUAUCAAGAUGGCAAAAACAGUGUGUUAGAUCAGAUAUGCUAGCAGAGGCUGCAGCAGUUUCCCUUUGCCCAGUCUUGCAGAGAAGGACAAGAUUUUGCCAUACCUGUCUCUCUGGCCUAUUCCCAUCUCAUACUGCCAUAACAUUUCCCUUUUGUGACAUGUCUUAAUCAGAUUGUAAGGCGGAGAACAAGGUUGGUCUUUUACUGCACCCUCGAUGGCGCCAUGAGUUAAACCGCUGAACGAAAGGUUGGCGGUUUGAAUCCGGGGAGCGGGGUGAGCUCUCAAUGUUAGCCCCAGCUUCUGCCAACAUAGUUCGAAAACAUGCGAAAUGUGAGUAGAUCAAUAGAUACUGCUCCGGCAGGAAGGUACGGCGCUCCAUGCAGUCAUGCCAGCCACAUUACCUUGGAAGUGUCUACGGACAAUAAUAUUAUUGUCGUCUCUUUGGCUUAGAAAUGGAAAUGAGCACCAAUCCCCAGUGUUGGACACAAUUAGACUUCAUUUCAGGGGAAAUCUUUACCUUUAAUAGUAAAAUCCUAUCAAAGCCAGUGAUGAUGAUAUUCCAACUCAGGGGUCCCCAAACUUUUUAAACAGGGGGCCAGUUCACGGUCCCUCAGACCCUUGGAGGGCCGGACUAUAGCUGAAAAAAAAACUAUAAAUAAAUUCCUAUGCACACUGCACAUCUCUUUUUUUGAAGUAAAAAAAACCCAAACAGGAUCAAAUACAGCCUCAAUGUUAAUCAUAAUCAUAAUAAAAAUAAUAAAAAGGGUUGGAUGCAUCACACAGCCCUAAAUGCUUGGGAACUUGUGAUUUUGGGAUACGAAAUCCAGCAUACCAUAUAUACUUGAGUAUAAGCCGACCCAAAUAUAAGCCGAGACACCAAAUUUUACCACAAAACAACUGGGAAAACAUUGACUCCAGUAUAAGCCGAAGGUGGUAAAUUUCAGAAAUAAAAACAGAUACCAAUAAAAUUACAUUAAUUGAUGCAUUGGUAGGUUAAAUGUUUUUGAAUAUUUACAUAAAGCUCAAAUUUAAGAUAAGACUGUCCAACUCUUAUCAAAUCAUUAUUCUCAUCUUCUGAUGGCGUAGUGGACUAAGUGACUUGAAGGCUGGGUUGCUGACCUGAAAGCUGCCAGGUUCGAAUCCCACCUGGGGAGAGUGCGGAUGAGCUCCCUCUAUCAGCUCCAGCUCCAUGCGGGGACAUGAGAGAAGCCUCCCACAAGGAUGGUAAAAACAUCAAAACAUCCAGGCAUCCCCUGGGCAACGUCCUUGCAGACGGCCAAUUCUAUCACUCCAGAAGCAACUCCUGUUGCUCCUGACACGAAAAAAAAAAAUCUUCUUAAAUGUAAAUGUGCUUAUGUAUCCUUUUAAUAAUAAUAGAGUAAAAUAAUACAUGUAAUAAUAAUAAUAAUAAUAAUAAUAAUAAUAAUAAUAAUAAUAAUAAAUACAGGGAAAUAAUACAAGUAAUAAUAAAUAGAGUAAAAUAAUAAAUGCAAUAAUAAUAAUAAGAUCAGAGUGAAAUAAUAAAUGUAAUAAUAAUAAUAAUAAUAAAAAUAGAGUAAAAUAAAUGUAAUAGUAGCAACAAUAACAGAGAAAAAUAAUAAAUGUAAUAAUACCAAUAAAUAUAGAGAAAAAUAAUAAAUGUACCAUAUAUUCUCGAGUAUAAGCUGACCCAAAUAUAAGCCAACCAGAACCCUCACCCGAGUAUAAGCCGAGGGGGGCUUUUUCAAUCUUAAAAAAAAGGGCUGAAAAACUAGGCUUAUACUCGAGUAUAUACAAUAUAUAUCUUGUUUGCUGUGUUAUACUGUGUUUUUGUGUCAAUAAUAAUAAUACUAAUAAUGAGGUUUGGAAGAGAUCAAUUGGGCCAUUUAGUCCAGCCCCCUUCUGCCUUUGUGCGCAAAAAGCACCAGCAAAGCACCCCCUUGAUAAUUAAUUAUUAAUUAAAUAGUAAUUAAAAUACCAUUAUAAACAAGCAAAGCUCUGGAAGGCACACACCGGGCGAAGGAGGAGGCGGGGGGCCAGAUAAAUGGCUUUGAUGGGCCGCAUGUGGCCCCCGGGCCUUAGUUUUGGGACCCCUGUUCCAACUUCUCCUCACCUCUGCUCCCUGCUGAAUUAACUGAUUGCAAACCAUAUUUGCAUUUCAAAUUCCAUUUGCAAAAACUGGGUUCAACUGAGGACAAAGGAGGAAAGUUGGACAGGAGGCACUUUAAACUUAGUUUGCAGAAACUGGAUUACACUGAGACAAAGGAGGAAAAGUUGGACAAGAGGCCAACAGGAACAUUUUAAAAGCACCCCUUUGCCCCCCACCAAAUUGGAGUUGGAAGUUAUCCACGUGAGGCCCAUAGAUCUGUGGGCUUCUUGUUUAUAGACCUGACAAAUGCAGGCAAGUUCAUAUUGGGUGCUUUUUGACUCGCCUCAGCCACAUGAGUCAUAAGUGUCGUUUUCAUGUAUGAGCCAGCUUUGAAAUGAAUAUUUUAUAUGCAGUAGUUUGCAUUCUAAGUAGUUCACGUAUUGGUUUUCAAAUUUUUUUGUAGCUACCCUGUAAAAUAGCGCGCGCACACCGAUGUAUGCUAAAUCGGUAUUAAGAAUGACAGAGAUGUUUGAAUUAGUUUGAACCUCAGCCCUGAUGUGGUUCAAAGUAUGUUUUGUGUUAAACGGCUCAGCCUGGACUCAUUUUCUUCCACCUCCACAAGAUGAUGAAUCAGUAGGGAUUAUUCAAUAUUUGUUUCAGCAUAGCCUUUCCCCAUUCCCUUUGUUUCCUAGUGUCCGUUUUUUGGAAAAGGUCAUUUCUGGGAAUUAAUCAGAGUCGUCGUCAUUAACAACAUCCUCUUCAUAAUUUUUGUGAUAAUAACCACCUUCUUGUUGGGUGUGCAUGUGUGUGUAUGAGACAGAUGUGUGUGUCUGUGUGUAUGCGCCUUUUACAGCUGGUCCUUUCAGUAGGUAGAAUGAGACAUCUGUCACAGCAGCAGAGUUUGGUUGUCAUGACAGUUCAGCAAAUCGUAUCUUAAAUGUACCGUAUUCUAUAUUUGUUACCAAGGAGAGGCAAGCUUUUUUCCUGAUACGGGUGUUAAAUAGCCUGGGCAAUUUUAAGUACAGUAGAGUCUCACUUAUCCAACAUAAACGGGCCGGCAGAAUGUUGGAUAAGCGAAUAUGUUGGAUAAUAAGGAGAGAUUAAGAAAAAGCCUAUUAGACAUCAAAAUAGGUUAUGAUUUUACAAAUUAAGCACCAAAACAUCAUGUUAUACAACAAAUUUGACAGAAAAAGUAGUUCAUUACACAUUAAUGCUAUGUAGUAAUUACUGCAUUUACGAAUUUAGCACCAAAAUAUCACAAUGCAUUGAAAACAUUGACUACAAAAAUGUGUUGGAUAAUCCAGAACGUUGGAUAAGUGAGUGUUGGAUAAAUGAGACUCUACUAUACUAGGUCACAUGUGCCAGACUCAAGGCCCGUGGUCUGAAUAUGGCCCUCCAUGCCAUUUCAGGUGGCCUUCCAGAUUUUUUGUGUGUCAGGAGGGACUUGAGAAACUGCAAGUCGCUUCUGGUGUGAGAGAAUUGGCCAUCUGCAAGGACGCUGCCCAGGAGACAUUGCUCGAAUGUUUUGAUGUUUUUACCAUCCUUGUGGGAGGCUUCUUUCAUGUCCCCACAUGGGAAGCUAGAGCUGACAGACGGGAGCUCACCCCACUCCCCGGAUUUGAACCGCUAACCUUUCAAUCAGCAGUCCUGCCAGCACGAGGGUUUAGCCCAUUACAACAUUGGGGGAUCCAGCCUUCCAGAUAUUGGACUACAACUCCUGUAUUCCUCAUCAUUAGGCAUCCUGCCUACAGCUGAUGGGAGUUGUAAUCCAGUAAAGGCUGCAGUUUGUUAUAUUCAGUUAGGCUAGGGAGAUUUGGAUUUAGAAACAAGGUUUGUGGAUAUGGUGCCUGAUGUUCAAAAGUCCUUUAACGUUUCCCCAACCUCACUGUCAGAAGUGCUGUUGAGUUGAUGUUCCUAUUAUCCCCAGUUAAUCAAAAGUGAUGGAAACUCUCAUUCAAUAAAAUCUGGGAACCCAAAUUGGGUAAAAACUAAAGAAGACCGACGACUAUGUAAUGGGUUUCUUUCUGGUGCACAGAACUUAGGGGAAAUAACAUGUAUUUUGGAGUACAGUAGAGUCUCACUUAUCCAACAUUCUGGAUUAUCCAACGCAUUUUUGUAGUCAAUGUUUUCAAUACAUCAUGAUAUUUUGGUGCUAAAUUUGUAAAUACAGUAAUUACUACAUAGCAUUUCUGUGUAUUGAACUACUUUUUCUGUCAAAUUUGUUAUGUAACAUGAUGUUUUGGUGUUUCAUUUGUAAAAUCAUAACCUAAUUUGAUGUGUAAUAGGCUUUUCCUUAAUGCCUCCUUAUUAUCCAACAUAUUCACUUAUCCAACAUUCUGCCGGCCCGUUUAUGUUGGAUAAGUGAGACUCUACUGUAUGUACAAAUGGUUUUCAAAUUUAAUGAGAGCUUAAGUCAGGGGUCCUCAAACUUUUAAAGCAGAGGGCCGGUCCACAAUCCUUCAGACUGUUGAGGGGCCGAAUUAUCAUUUGGAGUUUAAAAAAAUGAACAAAUUCCUAUGCACACUGCACAUGUCUUAUCUGUAGUGCAAAACAACAACAAUGAAAGAAAAAUACAAUAUUUAAAAAUGAAAACAGUUGUAACCAGCAUAAACCUAUCAGGAUUUCAAUGGGAAGUGUGGGACUGCUUCUGGCCAAUGAGAUAGUCAAGUUAAUUAGGAUUGUUGUUGUUGUGUGCCUUCAAGUCAUUUCAAACUUUGGGCGAGCCUAAGUCUAAAAUUAUUUAUUUAUUCAUUUAUUACAUUUAUUUAUUACAUUUAUAUCCUGCCCUUCUCACCCUGAAGGGGACUCAGAGCAGCUGUAUGUACAUACAAUAUAUUAUUAGCAUAGCACAAUAUUAGCAUUAUAUAUUACUAUAUUGAACUAUACCACUAUACUGUAAUAUUAUAUGUAAUAUAUAACAUAUAAUGAAUAUUAUUAUAUGGUAUUAGUAUUAGUAUUAUAUUGUAUAACAGUAUGAUAUUAUUAUCAAUAUUAUAAGUAAACUAGCUGUGCCGGCCACCCGUUGCUGUGGUGAAGUCUGGUGGUAUGGGAAAUAAAGUAUUGAGGAAUUGGUGAUAGUUAA